GGCCGGCUUCCGGCAGGGGCCGACGGGAGGGUGCGGAGCCUCGUGCGAGCGAGCGAGCGGGGUGCCGUGGAUGCCCGUGCCGCGCCCCGCGGACCCGCCGCCCCGUCCGGCCGGCACCCAGCGCCCGCAGGAUGUUCAAGAAAUUUGAUGAAAAGGAGAAUGUGUCCAACUGCAUCCAGUUGAAAACAUCAGUCAUUAAAGGCAUUAAGAGCCAAUUGAUAGAUCAGUUUCCUGUUAUUGAACCAUGGCUAAACCAAAUUAUGCCAAAGAAAGACCCUGUCAAAAUAGUAAGAUGCCAUGAACAUAUAGAAAUCCUCACAGUAAAUGGAGAAUUGCUGUUCUUCAGGCAAAGAGAAGGGACUUUUUACCCGACGCUAAGGUUACUUCACAAAUAUCCUUUUAUUUUACCACAUCAACAAGUAGAUAAAGGAGCCAUUAAAUUUGUACUCAGUGGAGCUAAUAUAAUGUGUCCUGGCUUAACGUCUCCUGGAGCAAAACUUUACCCUGCUGCUGCUGAUACGGUUGUUGCAAUAAUGGCAGAAGGAAAACAACAUGCACUGUGUGUUGGAGUCAUGAAGAUGUCAGCUGAGGACAUUGAGAAAGUCAACAAAGGGAUUGGCAUUGAAAAUAUUCAUUAUUUAAAUGAUGGCCUUUGGCAUAUGAAGACGUACAAGUGAAACAAAAGAAACUGUGCAACUCCAAAGGAAUGCACUUAGAUUAAAUGUGGACUGCUUCGUAACUCCUUCUGUUUUUAAUGUGACUGAAUGUACAAAUUAUUUUGUUCUGUGGCUAUGCUAAAUAAAUCAAGUGAAUGCUAACGUA